CAAGUGGUGUUGCAUGUCUUAGUAAUUGUUUCCCUGAUGUAAUCUCAAGAAUAGAAGCAAUUUUCUUACAAGACGUCAUUUCAAUACAAAAAAGUAAUAAAGUUGGAAGGAGAAAGCUAGGAAUUACGAGAUGGAAACCUAACGAUCAAAAUUUAAAAAAGAAAAAAGUUAUAGCUACUGUUGCAUCAACAUCACAAUCAAAUACAGAAAAUUCUCAUCAAGCUAUUUCAGACAAACGGACACCAACUGAUUCAACGAAUAUAGUAGAUCAAGAUGGACCACUAAAGAAGAAACAAAGGCAAACUCAUCGUGAAACUAAACUUGAAGAAAAAGAGCUUUUAAAACCAUUGGUGAUUUGUUCUAAAUAUCCAACUAGUGAUCAAAUAAAUCAGGUUGGAGAAGCAUUGGGAAAUGAAUGGGAUAAGAAUCAGAUUAAUCAAUAUAUAUCUCAUCAUAGGUGUAAUAAAAAUAAUAACCAUGAAUAA